GUGUAAAUUAAUCUAUGGUUUUCUGACAAUCAAUCUUAUGAUCGACUUAGCAAAAUUUAUUAGAAUCAACUCUGAAAUGGCGUCCAUGUUUGAAACUCCACAAUCAGUUCGAUACAUUCCUUCCGCGAGAAACGAAAAAUCCAGCAAGGCUCGAAAAAGUAACGUUGCCACAUUGAUGACAUCCGCGCCUAAAGACUUAAAAUCAGCACGUUUGGUGCCUUCUCCUCGAGGACAAAAAGCCACCAAGGUUCGGAGAUCUAGUAUUGCGUCAUUAUUGACGUCACCGCCUAAAGACGAAUGGGGCGAUACCCUAAUGACGUCAUCCAGUGACGAACCAUGGAAUAAAAUCGGAGUAACUAACAUGGGAUUUAAGCCUGAUGAAAACGACUGUAUUUCUCCCGAUAUUUCGCGCGACAGUGGAUUUGGUGACGUCAUUACACCCAUGACGUCACCAAUGACGGAGGAGGCACCUGGUGUAUACCAUUACGCAUUAAGUAGAAGAAAAUCACUUGCUGACUCUUUCGAUACGAAUAAUCGUAAUUUGAGCACUACUACGCCAUCUAACGAACGACUUCCUCUAGUUCGAAACAACCACUUCGAGACGCCGAAGGUAAACUACGGAUCCGCAAAUGAGCGUUUCCCAGAUUCCGUUUUUGAUUCUUCUCCUUGCUGCGUGCCGUCACCAGCUUAUGACAUCAUUGGCGAUAGAUCUCCGAAAAAGGAAAGAAGCACAAGCUUGAUUGAAACACAACCCUACCGUCCUUUCAAUUCUAAACCAAGAAGUUCAAGCCAACCAACACUAAGGCCGCUUUCGUCUCGUCUUUAUUCCACACUCGACAGCGUCUCCGAAGAAGAUUUUGUCAUCGAUAGCAGGGGCAUAAGCAGGCCAAUGAAACGCAGUUCUCCCGAAGAAGCGAUUGUCCCUAAUUCGAAGGGUUUUACUUCAAAAACCCCGCUUAUUGGUGCUACUGCUAACGGAUUAACUAUUUAUCCGGGAUAUCAGAGUCAGAGCGGGAUUAGUUUAAACGAUUGGCAAGUUAAAUUAGGCGAAAAAGAACCGGAGCAAUGUCGAUGUGAUAAAACUCCGGCACCACCACCGAAAAAAGAGACUCCACCACCUAAAAGUGAUUCCUCGUCUUCAAUUGAAUACGUCACAGGUCGACAGGUCAGUAUCGGAGACAGCGAAGAACGACCUUUAACAGACGACGAAGGUUCACAAGAGAUCGAAGGCAUCGUGAAAAAAUUUGGUGGCAGCUCAAAAAUGUCAGAAAUCAUGGAAGCGCCACUCGGUCCUUCGCCACUCAAGCCAGCAGCAAGUUCCAGUACGAAUGGAUCAGGUUCAUACAGCGGCACAGCGUUGUUAUCUGUGGAUAUGCCACCACCUAGUGCUGGACGCAGACGAAAAUCUCUCAAAACAAUUUUCCGAUUGGGUUUUCUGACGACAAAAAGUAAACAGCGAACUAAGAGUAAAUCUGACGACGGUAUGCCCUCACCUGAUACUGGACCGGCACAACCACCCGGACGACGCGUCGUACAGAGGCGAAUGUCUCGUUUAGAAAUGAACGAACCAAUAGAAGAUAUUUUUUCCGAGGUCAAGUUUGAAACCAUACAAAAACGUCCUUCUACGUCAAAUAGCGCCGGAAAUGACGUCAGCGAAGAUGAUGACGACAUAAUCGAAGAUCCUGAGGUCAUAAUGAGAUCGAUUAUGAGCAAAAAAAUUGUCGCUAACGAGGAUGACGAUAUUUUCUUCGAAGGCGUCGUCAAACCCGGAAUUGACGUAAACGGUGACGUCACAAACCCGGAACUCCUGGAAAAAGAUCUUUUACUUCCCGAAUCGGAAAGAAAUCGUCCCCCAUUGGCGCCCGUUUCGGAAGAAAUUUCAAUAAAAAUUUCAGACGAAGACUCGAGAUGAUUAUUACGUCAUCAAUGACGUCAUGAUUACAAAUGACAUACUGUAAAUGAUAUUUUUUAGAUUAUAAUACAUUUAUUACUAUUCUUCCGUACGCGGUAUCAAUUUUUAUUAUUUUGUAACCAUGUUAUAAUUAGGCCGUCUCACCUCUCACAAGAUAAAUAUCUAAAUAUCAGGAUAACUAGGAAAAUCCCAUACCUUAUGUGGACUCUAUUUCCGGCAUUAGACAACAAUUAGCUAUUUAAAUAAGUACGUAAUGUCCUUUCCUG